AUGGACAACACCUCCGCUCCACUCGCAGACUAUUUCUGGAUCGCUGGCAUUGACUCACUGUCGUACAACGAUUUUCAGCAGCCAACUUCCCCAAAUAUCACCCCAAACCAGCCAUCUGUGGACGCUAUAGAAGAGGGGUGCGAAUAUGAAAGUAUUACUGAAUCUAUCAAGCAUGGCAGCGGAACCCCUCACUCUAGGAAGAGCUCCAUUAAUAGACUCAGUAAACGCAACUCGAAUAUCCAAGAGUGCGAUGACUCGGAUAUGAUGGGCAGCAAUAGAUCCUCUAUGACAAUUAAAGCGCCGCCGAACUCUUACACAUCAGGUGGUAUAUUGAACGAAGGAAACAAUGGACUUACAGAUUUUGAUUUUGAUCGGGCUCUCCGUACGUUUGCUAUGGAGCGAGAGCACUUUUUGGAUGAUUUAAGCUUUCGUGCUGGAGCACAACUCCAAGAACCGCCACCUAUGACAGAGCUUCCCCUCUCACCCAAAGUAACAGCUCGAACGCGGAGUAGUGACAGCGAAUAUAUGUCGAGCUUCCUUCAUAGCAACAAAAAAAACUCGCUAAGGAGCGUUGGAGGAAGCAUUCGCCGGCACAUUAGCUUUCGGGAUAUGAACAGUAUGAAAAAGCAGCCUUCUAUUUUGCAGAGAAAUGUGUCAAUUCGAACCACAAGACGCUUGAGUGGUUAUAAUUCUGUAAUUCCACCUCCUGAGCCCCUCAAUGCAGAUCCCGAGAUGCAUCCGUUGAAGCGUCGGUUUGAGCCUGUCCUACUCGAUAGAUACCCUCCGAAAACGGCGACUAAAGAAGUGGAGAGAAGGGGUAGAUUCCCAGACUACGUACCUAUGUUCGCAUUUCCAAAUGAUAUUAAUAUUGUAUCUGCUGAUGAGCGGCCUCGCUCAACAUGGCAUGGCUUUGCUAUGACUCUAGACGACGCAACAAAGAUUUAUGGAAUUACAAUCAUAGUUUGGAUGCCUGUAAAUGCGGACGCGGCAGAGAAUUUAGAGCGAAGGUGUGAAGAAUGGAGACAAAGUCAUAUGACCAAUGAAGAACGAGAACUAGCAGCAAGUUUAGCUGAAAGACUUGCAUCAGAGCGUGCUCAUCUGUCACAACUGUUAGCCAAAUUACCGAGUAUGAUCUCUGGGUCCAUCUCUAGAGAUGCCCUCGAAGAACAAAUUAGCACUGUUGAAGAGAAGAUUGGACUCAUGACUGAUUUGCUGCGCCCUGUACGACAUGGUGCCGCCUCUAAAAUUGAUGGACUCACCGAUGGCGAAACGGGACUCUGGAUACCGAGAGCUUAUGGGAUUCUCGGUCGUGAUGGUAGUCUUACAAGCUUCUGGAAGGAAUGGCUCAAGGCGAUAAUUGUUCCCAUGACGGAUGGUGGUGUUCUUAGGGUUCCUCCAAGCUCACCGAAAGUCGGUAGGUGGCAACCUCUUGAGAGAUAUGUUGUGAAUCUCUGCACAGAAGCCUUGAGUCCCAUGGGCUCGAAGACACAAGUCGAACUCGCUGUCAGAGACCUGAAACUAUUUGCGAGGAAAGAAGCCCCAAAUGAGCUCCCAGACUCUCGAAACACUGACCUGUACGCGCUAUUCAGGUCUCUGAGCAUUCCAAACAUCGUUUCUUUAUUCGAGUUUGCACUAUCCGAGUCAAGGAUCAUUCUUCUUUCAUCUCACACAUCCAUGUUACACCUCGCAAGUGCUGCUUUGGCAAAUCUUCUCUAUCCUUUUAAAUGGGCUAGUAUCUUUAUACCUGUACUACCUGCAAGGCUACUUUCAGCCCUAGAAGCUCCUUGCCCAUAUAUAGUUGGGAUUGAAAGAAGAUAUGAAAAUAUCGAAUUACCAGAAGAUGAUUAUGUCUUGGUUGAUCUAGACCAAAACACCAUAGAAGCUUCUGCUUCACCUGUCACGCUACCAAGGCAGCUAAGGCGGAAACUUGUUUCACUUCUUCAGUAUGCUGCUCCUCAUCACAAUCGAUGCGGUGUGCCUUUCGGUCCACCGCCAUAUGCUAUCGAAAGUUUUCCAUACAAUGCAUUUUCAUCAGAAAAUGAUGCCAUUUUCACCCAGCAUCCACCUCGGAGCACAUUCGCCAAGUACAUUAGUCAGAGUUCAUCAGCUUUUGGUGACCCUGAUUCUACGUCGGCAAAGCGAAGCUUCGUGUUCAAUGCCUUUCUGCAGUCUAAAAACGACCAUGGUCGCAGUGAAAGGCCUUCAACAAGUAAAUCAAGUCAAACGAGCCCACCGUCAUCAGUCUCGCCGAUAUCUGGAAGUUUUCCAACAUUACCUCCUACACCAGGUUCAAAGAAUGAUUCUGGAUUUGCACUGACUGCUACCUUGAGAGAAAAAAGAUCCGGUCAUUUCGAUAUGAAUUCCCGGCGCAGUUCAUCCUUUGGAAUUGAGAGACAAUCAACAUUACGAAAGCCUAGCAUUCCAUUCAACCACGGCCAUCAUGCCAGCCUUUCCACUUCUGCAUUAUCAGUUGACGCCAAAUCUAUGUAUGGUUAUGCACCUUCUUCCUACGCUGUAUCAACUUUAGCGGCAUCGACUGUUCUACCAAAUAUAUUGAUGCAACCAGUUCACAACUCAGAACUAAAUAUCUGGGUUGAGGGUCAUUGUUUUGAAUUGAAUCCUAGCGUCACCUCUUUUGUCUGUACAAUUUGUGAUGAAAAAGCAGAAACUGACGGUAUCUAUCAAUGUAACCAUUGUGGUACAUUUUCGCAUGGCCGCUGUCUUGGAAUGGUUUCCCUAGUUUGUACCGCUGCCUUCUACCCGGAUAAGGUUCGGGCUGCCUUUGUUCGUUGCUUCGCCAGUCUAUUUUACACCUACCGAAAAUUUUUGAUGAAACCCGGGAAGACAGAGAAAAAUUGCGAACCAUUAUUAUUCAAGUUUGAUAUGAAUGGUUUCAUCAAAAGUUUACCUAGUGACCAACAUACAUAUAUGAAUAUGCUAAAGCAUACACAAGCGUUGAAUGAAUUUAUUCAUGUUCGUGAAACAACCCCUCCUAGUUCACCUUCUAUCCAACUCUUUGAUAGCGUCAUAAUGGCUAAAAGAAAUCGUGGCCGUGCUUCUCUGUCCCUUUUCUCGAAGAAUAAGCAGUCAUAUUUCCUCCACAAUCAAAUGGAGCACCUCUGGCGCUCUGCGGCAGUCCCUAUACCUACAGCAAAAUUUCCAGGCGAUUAUCAUGCCGUCGUCUCACGCAUUCCGGCCAAGCUAGAUAUUUCACUAAUGCGAGAACCACGGGCAAUUCAAGGAGCGCCUCGUGUAGAUGUGGGUGGAAAGGGUAGGAGAGUUGGAAGAAAGGCAGUACCAAGUAUAUUAGGGGGAUCAGGACGCGAUCUUGUUGAUAUCGAAGACGAAAGAGUCGGGUGA